GCACCCGUCAAACUUGAGUUGAAAGCACAUUUUCAUAGUUUUACACGCGAUGCAACUUUGUGCCAGACAUGGCUGGAUGUAAUCACACACCCCGACAUAACAGCCGAAGAAGUUCACAAACGAGCACUUACCGACUACCAAGGCGACCGUCUGAAGCCUGGAGCUGUACCCAUCGUUGGUCGAACUGCUCGAGUUAUGAACACAGACUACGAGUCUGACGGUUAUAAGAAGGAUAAGAAAUGUCUCACUAGAGUGAUCCAGAACAACAAGAAGCAGUUCCUUGUGGUCGAUGCAGAGUGCUUGAGAUUUGAAGAGAGGAACAAGAGAGAGAGCAGAAAGGAAGAGUGCCAGUUCAGCAUCUGUUGUUACCAGAACUCUGACUCUGGCAUAUCCACUGGAGUACCUGUCAUACUGAUGGGGUUAGACAAAGGAGAAAACCGGAUCAUCUGCUGCUGUGACAAUGCAAAGGGAAAGGGUGUUUACGCCAAACCACAGGAACAACCUCUUCCCACUUACAUAGAGGAGUCCAGCCACAAUGCCGUGUUCUUCCUGCAGAGUGUGAAAGGACAGAGCAACUUCUACAGAAUUAAGUCCUCCCUGUGGCCUAAUUUAUUCCUGGGUUUUGAAGAAGAAGGAGAUGAUCUUUGUAUCUUUCUUGAUCAGGAUAAGCUAGGACCUGAUAAGGUGGCCAGCAUGGCUGUUGAUGAGCAGCAUGUGAAGUGUGGCACCAUAUAUGAAGAUGAAAUCAUUUUGGAAGUUAUGAACACAGGCCUCAAGUAUGAUGGUUUUAAGGCCGAUAAAUGUCUCACUAGAGUAAUCCAGAACAAGAAUAAGCAGUUCCUUGUGGUAGAUGCAGGGUGCUUGAGAUUUGAAGAGAGGAACAAGAGAGAGAGCAGAAAGGAAGAGUGCCUGUUCGAAAUCUGUUGUUACCAGAACUCUGACAUGUCCGCUGGACUACCUGUCAUAUUAUCAGUGUGUGAUGGAGGAGAAAACAGGAUCAUCUGCUGCUAUGACGAUGGAAAUGAAAAGCGUGUUUACGCCAAACUACAGGACCUACCUCUUCCUGGUUACAUAGAGGAGUCCAAUCAUGAGGCCAUAUUCUUCCUACAGAGUGUGAAAGAACAGAGGAACUGCUACAGAUUUAAGUCCUCCUUGUGGCCUAAAUGGUUCCUGGCUUCUGAAGAAGGAGAUGAUCUUGUAAAGCUGGUACUGAGAAAGGCUGGGGAAGAUGUGGUAGAGGGGUUACACCUCCUCAAGCCAUAAGGAAAGGGCUUUAAAAUUUAUAGGAAUUAAUCAGCUGUAACUAUUUUGAGAAAAUCCUCUGUCAUUCCAUGUUAAUUUCCAUUUGGUGAACCCACAAAUUGAAGGCUUCUAGGUAAGAGUGUCUGUUAAUAAAUUGAUGCCGUAGCUGAA